AGGCAGCUGGUCAGACAGACGACAGGAGGUGUUGGCCGACACACAAUCAAAAAACCCCCGAGGAAAAAUGUCGAAUUUUACAGGAACCUGGAAAAUGAAAAGCAGUGAGAACUUCGACGAGCUCCUCAAAGCUCUGGGUGUGAACGCCAUGCUGAGGAAGGUAGCGGGGGCGGCUGCAUCGAAGCCUCACGUAGAGAUAAAACAGAACGGAGAGCACUUCUACAUCAAGACGUCCACCACCGUCCGAACCACCGAGAUCAACUUCCUGAUCGGCGAGGAGUUCAGCGAGGAGACGGUGGAUGGCAGGAAGUGUAAGAGUUUGGCCACUUGGGAAACAGAAAACAAGAUUUACUGCAAACAGAUUCUAGUGAGCGGGGACGGCCCGAAGACCUUCUGGAGCCGAGAACUCCGAGGAGAUGAACUCAUACUGAUCUUCGGAGCUGAUGACGUGGUCUGCACACGGAUCUACGUACGAGGAUAGACGUCCUUCCACCCGUUAACCAACAAAUAACUCCAUAUAUCAUCCAGAAUAAUCUCUAUUAAUAGUCAGCGUGUUGCAUUUUAUGUAAAUCAUCAUUUCACCAACAUACCUCUGCUUUAUUUCCUCCCUUUUUUUGUAUAUAAUUUUUCUAACAUUGCAAAGUAAAACAGUUUAAAUCUGAUUUGUUUUUAUUAAAGGAGCAGUUUUCCACAUUAAAUGAUCCAGGAAGCUGCUGCUCAAAAAAGAAAUAAAAAGGUUUUUUGGAACAAUA